AUGCCUUACCCAGAGACAACCGACGCUUUCGCCGUCAACGAUAUCAAGAACUGGAGCACCUUCAAGCGCCAGGAGCUUCCCCUCAAGAAGUUCGAGGACUACGAUGUCGAUAUCGCCGUUGACGCCUGCGGUGUCUGCGCUUCAGAUGUUCACACCAUCACAGGUGGAUGGGGAGAGGAUAUUCCCCUUCCCCUCUGCGUAGGACAUGAGGUCAUUGGCCGCGUUGUCAAGGUCGGAUCCAAGGUCACCAAGCACAAGGUCGGCGACCGUGUCGGUUCUGGUGCCCAGAUCGGCGCGGAUCUUACUUGCGACCAGUGCAAGGCCGACCAGGAGAACUACUGCCCCAACCAGGUCGAUGCCUAUGGUGCUAAGCACCCCGAUGGCACUGUCGCCCAGGGAGGUUACUCUUCUCACGUCCGUGUCCAUGAGUACUUCGUCUUCCAGAUCCCUGAGAACCUUGAGACACACAUCGCCGCACCCAUGCUGUGCGCUGGUAUCACCACAUUCUCUCCCCUCAAGAGGUUAGGUGCUGGCCCCGGCAAGAAGGUCGGUAUCAUCGGUCUUGGUGGCCUGGGUCACUUUGGUGUCCUCUGGUCUGUCGCUCUCGGCGCUGAGACCACUGUCAUCUCGCACACUGCCAGCAAGAAGGAGGAUGCGCUCAAGAUGGGCGCCAAGGACUUCAUCGUCACCAACGAGAAGGGCUGGGCCGACAAGCAUAAGUUCCGCUUCGACUUUGUCAUCAACACCGCCGAUGCUACCGACAAGUUCGACCUGUCUGAGUACUUCUCGAUCCUCAAGGUCAAUGGUACUUUCCACAUGGUCGGCUUCCCCGACAAGCCGCUCCCCGCCAUGCCCGCGCAGACCUUCGCCCCCAACGGCUGCUACAUGGGUGCGUCGCACAUUGGCAACAGGCCCGAGAUGGAGGAGAUGCUGCAGAUUGCUUCGAAGCAGAACAUCAAGGGCUGGAUCGAGACAAUCGAUCUCAGCGAGGAGGGCUGUAAGCAGGCUGUUGAGCGUGUCUACAAGAACGACAACGUCCGCUACAGGUUUACCCUCACCAACUUCGACAAGGUCUUCGGCAAGCGCUCAUAG